AUGAAUCCUUCAAACAUAGGUUACAAUAAUGGUACUGUUAAUCUAAAAAAUCGUGAACGUUUGUUACGGAAUUCACUAGGUGAAUCUUUUGAAAAUCAAGUUCAAAAGCUAAAGUUAACGGAGCUGCAUGUACAUAAUAUUCUUAUGAAUAUACUUCAUGAUGAACCUAUUGAUUCUUUUGACUUUUCUCAUAUAUCAACAAGAAGGGUUACUAGAGCUUUGGAAAAAGAAUUAGAAGAAAAACGAAAAUACGAUGAAAAAAAUGAAGACAAAAAUAAUGAUCUAAACAAUACGAUAUUUGAUAUGGAUUUUAGUGAAGAUGAAGAAUUGGAUACAGAAUAUAAUCCUCUUCAAACUGUUAAUAAUGUAGAAAAUACUAAUUUUGUUUUACAAAAUUAUCAUUUACGAGAUUGGAACAAUGAUGCAAACUAUCCUAAUACCAGAUCUAGACAUAAUGAAUCUGCAUAUUACAUGAGUGAUGAUUAUCGUUUUUUUGAUAGUACUAUUUCAAUGUAUGACGAUGACCCCAUAUACAGAGAUUUUUUGACAAAUCUUGAUAACAAUGAACAAUAUGACUAUUCACAAGAUGAAGAAGAUGAUCCUGAAUUUGAUCCAUCUCAAGAACCAAAUUUUUUUGAAAAUUUUGACGAUGAUGAUGAAUCAGUUAAAAUAUCAAAGUCAGAAAUUAAACAAUUUGUGGAAGAUCUUGACACACCAAAUUUUAUUACAGAUGUUAUUGUUGUUUCUCCAUCUAAUGAUAUAAAUGAAGAUUCAAAUAGUAAUAUUUCAAAACAAAUUACUCCUACUACAUCAAAUGAUCAUGAAAAUGAAUGUAUAUUAAAGAAACAAGCAAGAAGACUUGUUCCAGUUUCUCCUGAUGAAUAUAAAUUUUAUGAUUUUUCAAAUUCGGCUUCUUUAAUUCAUGGAAAAGGAGUCAUGACAAAAGAUGAACAGGAGCAAUUUAUUACUCAGACAGAAAUGUUAACUCAAUUACUUCUUCAAUUUAUUGUUUGUUAUUAUUUUGAUGAAAUUGAUAAUAAUUAUAUAAAUACGUAUAAAGCAAUGUUAGAUGAUUUAUUGUAUUAUCAGAUAUCUUCACCAAGUAAUUCAUUAAUAAGAAAAGUUAGGAAUAUUGCUAGUGCUGUUAAUCACUGUCAGACAUUAACAAAUUUACGUGUAGAUCAAUUUGAUCAUCAAUUGAUGUUUCCUGAUGCAUUACAUCAUACAUCAUUUAAGCCAGUUCAUGUAUAUUCUGCCAUAGUAUUAGCUACAUCUGAUGCUUUAAUGUAUCCAAAACUUUUACCUUUUCAAAAAUUUUACAAAUCUUCUGUCCAAGGUAAUGUGUUUACAAGAUCAGAAAUUAGUUUGAUGAAAUUUGCUCUUGUGAGAAUAAAAGAAUCACAAAGAACUUCAAAAAAUGUUAAAUCUCCAAAAACAACUGAGCAAUUGAGAUGGAGAAUUUCUAGUGCAAGAAAUUCAAAAAACAAAGAAAUAAAUUCUGUACAAUUUGCUUUACAAAAUAAAAUUUCUUGUUUUGAUGACUAUACUAAGAAACAUUCAGAAUUUAAUGGGAUUAUAAGAGCUUCAUUUGAUGUUGGGCAAGUUUUAUGUCCAUUACAUUGGCUAGAAAAAUGGAUGCCUGAAUGGUUAAGAGUUUUAAAAACAAAAAUAAUUCAAGGUGAAUACAUGAAAACUUUUCCAAAUUUAGUUAUACCUCAAAAUACGCUUUCCGAAGGCACAAAGCCACAAAAUAUUUGUUUACCUUUGGUCAAUAAAGUUUCUGUUGUACCACAAAUUGUAAUACCCCAAGGAGUUAAGGUAGCUCAACCAAUACAGGUUAUUCAUUUGAAUGAGAUUCCUCAGGUAGUUCAAAUGCCUGUGGUAAAUAACUACGUUUCUCAAAAUACGGUAUUUCAAUCAGAAGUAGUCAAAUAA